GACUUCCUCGAGGAUGGAACCAGGGCCUCACAGUUGCAAGCUCUGAAUGCUGAAGAUUCUCCGUUCAAGUGCCUCAGCGACAGCGAGAAGUCUGCCAUUGCAGAGGGUGUGGGGCUCGAUGACAAGUCAGGCUGGAACUACCUGAAGGCGAUCCCUUGCUCAAGACAGAAGCGAAAGCGCCUCAUGAACAUGUCCUGGGUCAUUCACCUGUUCGCCGGCGAGGGCAAGAAUGCGGACCCGGUGUUCAAGGAGCUUGAGGACUCAAGGGUUCUUGUAGAGGUUGACAUCACGAAGUCUAUGGCUUUCGAUUUGUUCAAGGUAUCGGGUGCCUAUCGGGCUCUCCUUUGGGCGGCGGCCACAGGACGCGUGGAUGGAAUAAUCGGUGCUCCGUGCAGAAGGGAAGGUGACUCUGUGCUCCUUUGGAAGCAAAUUUGGCUGCUUACGGUUGCAAAAGCGGCCCGUGCUGUGAGUGCUGAGCAACCAGUUUUCAUGAUGAUCGAGGGUGCCAAGUUGCUAAAGGACAUUCACUCCAAGGAUUACGACAGAUGGCCGUCAGUCAAGGAAGCAUGGGGUGGUCUUCUUGAAGCCUUGUGUUUGGAGGAGUUUAGUCCGAACAUAGUGACCAACCUACAACUAGGAGAUCCUGUACCUGACUGUGGUGAUUGUUCGAGAAGGUGGACUGAGCCCUUCAAGCUUUUGGUGAAGCAAGCUGUGCAUCUUUGGGAUGCUACCCCUGAAGGUUUGCAAGUGACGAAAUGGGUGAAAAGGUUGGCUUCUGGGGAGCCAGACUAUCUUCAGGACUUCACAGAGAAGGAGCUUGAGAUGUGGAAGAACCACGUACAGAACAAUCACCGACCGUUUCAUCGGCGAUGUCGUACUUGCGUGGUUAGCAAGGGCACAGGCCGCAUUCAUCGGAGAGUACGCCAUCCAGAUGUUCAUUGUCUGAGCUUGGACAUUAUGGGGCCUUUCAGGGCGAAGUCUGGUGAUCCGAACCAUCGGGAUUAUCGAUACAUGCUUGUCGGUACUUACACGAUGCCGAAGAUGAGUGAGGAUUUAGAGGAGGAAACGCCUCUAUCACCUGAGCCUGAGGAUGUUCCGCAGGCUGCCCUUGAAGAUGAGCAGGUUGAUGAUUCUGGUGAACGUGAAGACCAAUCCCAAGUUGCAACUCCAGUUGAAGAAGAAUGGGAUGAGCUGGAUCCAGUUGAGCUACGAAAGGAAGUUCGUGGAGAUUCGGCUUGCGACCUCAAGGGCCUCACUGAGGAGGAGUUCCUCAAGAUCUUUAAUGAAGUGGGCAAGCCUUAUGAUGUUCAGGUGAUUUACGUCUCUAUGCCUCUGGGUUGCCUAAGUCGUGUUGGGCAAUGGCUGGAAACUACGCAACAGCCUGGCAACGAGCUAAGGUGUAUGGCACGGGGCAGCGGUACGACCUUGAUAGUCGAUGGAGAAAAGGCACUUAUGUUGGGCCCAGCUUUGAUGUUCGAGGAGGAGGAGAACGUGGGACCUUAUGAUCCUGAGCAUGCAGCUGAACAGUAUGCAGCUGGUUUGCUGGAAGAGGAUGAAUUGGUGCAGGACCAGAUUAUUGAGAUCUUGGUUCAUCUCCUUCCGUCGGUGACGGAGAUCCCAAAACGUUUUGGGGAGCAAGAGACUGAUUGCAAGAUUUGGGCUGCAGGAGCGUUCGUUCACGGUGGAGUUGUGGGAGUGAAGAGGGCAACGACUACGUUUCCACUUUCUACGAAGGUGAUUGUGAAGUACGUGAAGCAGAUUGCCCCGGACCUCAAGUUCAAUGCGAUUGCGGUGAAUGUCAAUGUGAAGACGCAAGAGCACAAGGACGUUCACAAUGUGGGAACGUCUAUGAUUGCAGCUGUGUCUCAUUUCAAGGGAGGUGGUUUGGAUGUUGUAACUCCAGAUGGCGUACAGAGGCUAGAGUUGGGCUCUGGUCCAGGCUUCUUCGACCCGCACCACAAGCAUUCAACAGUACCUUGGUCAGAAGGCAACAGAUCUGUCCUGCUGGCUUACUCCAUUCGAGAUAGUGGAAAGUUGACGCAAGACAAGGUGGAUAUUCUCAUUGACUUGGGCUUCUGUUGGGUUCCACAUUUGUCAGCCACCGUCCCUCAGAUUCAGAACGUGAUCUACCACCACCAGGUCCCUCAGAUUCAGGACAUGGACAUAGCCAUACAGGACCUAGAAGAGAAGGCUGAAAGGUUACGAAGCCUGCUUGAGGAGGAGGAGAUUCUUGUGGAACAGUAUAGCAGGGUGGAGUCUGAAUCAAGGGGGCAUCUGGAGGACACGAGAAGCCAGAUCAGCGAGUUUCUGGACUACAUACACGAGGAGCUAGUUGGGUUGGAGAAGGUGCGGAUGGCAGCGUGUUUGAGUUCGGUGACCAAGAGCUCUUCAUCGAGGACUAGUGAGCAUGGAAGCGAGGAUGUCGAUUACGAGAAGCUUCUAGAUGAACUGGAGGACGACCUCAGAGUUGUUCAUACGGUCCCGGUUGCUCAAGUCAAGAGGGUUCUAGAGAGGUGGGUCGAGUCCAUCAAAAAAGAAGUCGAGAACUUGUUCGCCUCGAAAACGUUGCGCCGAGUCACGGCCGAAGAAGCGAGACGAUUGGAGAAAUCUGGACAAGUGAUGUUCGCACCAGCGAAGUGCGUGUUCACACUAAAGCCCCCUCAGGAGGCUGGUCGUCGAGCAAAGCGCAAAUGUCGCUUAGUGAUAUGUGGGAAUUACGUAGAGCGAGGCCAAGAAGGACAAGAGGACCUCUACGCGGCCGGAACUUCUUCUGACUCCCUGAGGAUGUCAUUGGUGAUAGCAGCCAUUCGUGGGUGGCUAGGCGCUAUUAGCGACGUGACAGGAGCUUUUCUACUAGCAACCUGGCCGGAAGGAAAAACUCGCUAUGGUUUCUUUCCACCAAAGGUGGUACGCGAUGCUGGUUAUGGAGAGGGUGAAGCUUGGAUAAUCGAGCGGCCAAUUUAUGGAUUGCGGGAAAGCCCCAAGAUUUGGAGUGACUUUAGGAACAAGAGGCUUCGCAGUGCCAGAGUUAAGUAUGGUGAUAUCACCCUUGUCCUUCGCCCGACCAUCGUGGAGCCAGAGUUAUGGAUGAUUCUUUGUGAGGUCACCGGGACGCUGUAUGGACUGAUGGUUCUCUACGUCGACGACAUUCUCUACCUGAGCAACAGAGAAGUGAUCACGGCGAUCCACGAGUUUGUAACUUCAGAAUGGCCCACAUCGCCCUUGGAAUGGCUUGAGGAACACAAGGCGGUACGCUACUUGGGGGUUGAGAUUCUUCGAGAACCUCGAGUUGAUGAACAUGGAAACCAGUAUCACGUGUAUACCAUUGGGCAGUCUGCGUAUGUCCAAGAUCUUUUACGAAGUCACGACAUGCAAGAAGUGCAUCCAACACAGCUGCCGGUGCCUAGAGAAUGGGUGGAAGAGGCGGAAGCUUCAGAGGAGGUCGAGGAGGGCUUCACAGAGGACACGCUGCGCAGAGCCCAACGGGUGGUUGGGGAGGGUCUCUGGUUAUCUACACGGACGAGGCCCGACAUCUUGUACGUGAUCAACCACCUUGCCUCCCUCGUAGCAAAACGACCUGACUACGUCCUCAGAGUGGGGAAAAGACUCCUUGCCUACCUGGCGGGAACGAAGGAUCUACGACUACAGCUCGGAGCACCUCAUGAGGAUGAUCAUGCCGUAAUCUGCUAUACGGAUGCAAGUUAC